AACUUCAAAAAGUUUAUUGUUUUAGCUCCUUAAUUUCGUUCUGGAUGUGAGUGACGUAUAGUUAGAACAGGCUUUGGAUUAUCGUGUUUUAAAGUCUUGGAAUAUACAUUGAAAAUUCCAAUUCUGAAGAGUUGACACUAAGAGACAUGAACGCAAAGUGUUCAUAGAAUUUAUACGUUCUGGCAUAUCUCAUUAUUCCCUGGCACGAUUUUUUUUUUCUAUAUAAUUAGAAAGUGCAUUAUCAAGUAGGAACUGCUCUUCAACCUUUAGCAAAAGAUGGGGAAUGUAAGUUUUUUAAGAUGAGAAUGAGAUUUGAACUUUCUUGAUGGUUGAAAAAGUUGAUGCAUGGUGAAGAAGACAGUGCGCGUGGAAGCACAAUAACUGGAGUGGGUAGUUAGUAUUAUGGUAGCUGAUGAAGAGUUUCAAUACAAUGCACACCAACUAUGCCUAUGGUAUGAGGCACUCACGUUAUCUUUCUACGAAUUGUUUUAGGAGUAAAAGACGAAGCAGAAGCAGCAAGUCUUCAUCCAUCACCACCAACUCCGUCAAAGUCAAAGACCCGGACAUUCUCACAUGGAACAAGGUCAUUUCUUCCCACAUGCGCAAUGGUCGCUGCGACUCUGCUCUCCGAGUCUUCAACUCCAUGCCUCGACGCAGUUCUGUCUCCUACAAUGCCAUGAUAUCCGGGUACUUGAGGAACGCAAAGUUCUCCCUCGCGAGGGACCUGUUUGAUAAAAUGCCUGAGAGGGACUUGGUUUCCUGGAAUGUUAUGCUCACUGGAUAUGUCAGGAAUCGCAGGCUCGGAGAAGCCCAUAGGUUGUUUGACCUUAUGCCUGAAAAGGAUGUUUGUUCCUGGAAUGCCAUGUUGUCUGGGUAUGCCCAGAAUGGGUUUGUUGAUGAGGCAAGGGAGAUUUUUAGUAGGAUGCCUCAUAGGAAUUCCAUCUCCUGGAAUGGGCUGCUUGCGGCUUAUGUUCAAAACGGGAGACUUGAGGAGGCGCGACAAUUGUUUGAGUCACAAUCGGACUGGGAAUUGAUUUCUUGGAAUUGUUUGAUGGGUGGGUAUGUGAAGAGAAACAUGUUGGGUGAUGCUAGGCUGAUUUUUGACCAAAUGCCUAUUAGGGAUGCCAUCUCCUGGAACACUAUGAUUUCUGGUUAUGCCCAGGUUGGAGAUUUGUCUCAGGCUAAGAGGUUGUUCCAUGAAUCUCCGGUCCGGGACGUGUUCACGUGGACGGCAAUGGUUUCUGGAUAUGUGCAGAAUGGAAUGGUGGGCGAAGCAAGAAAAUAUUUUGAUGAGAUGCCUGUAAAAAAUGAAAUUUCAUACAAUGCAAUGCUUGCGGGAUAUGUGCAAGACAAGAAAAUGGACAUUGCGAGGGAGUUGUUUGAGGCAAUGCCUUGUCGGAAUAUAAGUUCAUGGAAUACCAUGAUUACUGGGUAUUGUCACAAUGGUGGUAUAACUCAAGCUAGAAAAUUGUUUGACGUGAUGCCUCAGCGUGAUUGUGUAUCUUGGGCUGCUAUCAUUGCUGGCUAUGCUCAGAAUGAACAUUUUGAGGAGGCUCUUAACAUGUUUGUGGAGAUGAAACGAGAUGGGGAAAAUUCCAAUAGGUCUACCUUUAGUUGUGCUUUGAGCACAUGUGCUGAUAUUGCUGCCUUGGAGUUAGGGAAACAAGUUCAUGGGCAGGUGGUGAAGGCAGGAUUUGAGACUGGGUGUUUUGUGGGAAAUGCGCUUCUUGGGAUGUAUUUUAAAUGUGGCAGCACAGAUGAAGCGAAUAAUGUGUUUGAAGGAAUAGAGGAGAAAGAUGUCGUCUCUUGGAACACAAUGAUAGCUGGUUAUGCUAGGCAUGGAUUUGGUGGACAGGCUUUAAUUUUAUUCGAAUCAAUGAAGAAAGCAGGUGUUAAACCUGAUGAGAUUACAAUGGUGGGUGUUUUAUCUGCAUGUAGUCAUUCUGGCUUGAUAGACAGGGGAACUGAAUACUUCUAUUCAAUGAAUAGGGAUUACAAUGUAACACCAAGUUCAAAACAUUAUACUUGUAUGAUUGAUCUUCUUGGAAGAGCUGGCCGCCUGGAAGAAGCAGAGAACUUAAUGAGAAAGAUGCCAUUUGAGCCUGGUGCUGCAUCAUGGGGAGCUCUAUUAGGUGCAAGUCGGAUUCAUGGUAAUACUGAACUGGGUGAGAAGGCUGCUGAGAUGGUUUUUAAGAUGGAACCUCACAACUCAGGGAUGUAUGUCCUUCUUUCAAAUCUAUAUGCGGCUUCUGGUAGGUGGGUUGAUGUUGGCAAGAUGAGAUCAAGAAUGAAGAAAGUUGGUGUGCAGAAGGUAACUGGAUAUAGUUGGGUUGAGGUACAAAACAAGAUUCACACGUUCGCAGUUGGGGAUUGUUUCCACCCAGAAAAGGAUAGAAUAUAUGCCUUCUUAGAGGAGCUAGAUUUGAAAAUGAGACGGGACGGGUAUGUUUCUUCAACAAAAUUAGUUUUGCAUGAUGUGGAAGAGGAAGAAAAGGAACACAUGCUCAAGUAUCACAGUGAGAAAUUGGCUGUAGCAUUUGGAAUUCUGACUAUUCCUUCUGGCAGACCUAUACGAGUCAUGAAAAACUUGCGUGUUUGUCAAGACUGUCACAAUGCCAUCAAACACAUAUCCAAGAUUGUUGGAAGAUUGAUUAUCCUAAGGGAUUCUAAUCGGUUUCACCACUUCAAUGAAGGUGUUUGUUCCUGUGGGGAUUAUUGGUAAGAAUGGACGGAUAUGGUGAAAAUUAACUUAAAGAAUAGUAGUACUCUUUCUUUGGACGUAUUUAAUAUCAAUAAAAACAAAAUUGUUUAUAUCAA